AUGAUAAAAGAACUUUAGAUAAAAUGCGUUAUUGAAGGACAUGAUUUUGUUGAAUUAGCUUGUUUGAAUGAAAAAUGUAAAGCUAAUAGAGUUUAUUGUCAUUAAUGUCUUAAGAAUGGAGAUCAUGUUGCUCAUAUGAAGGAUUAAAAGGAUUUAAAGGAAUUAAUUGAGUUUUUUUAUGAAGUUGAAUAAGAAAAUGGAAGUUUAAUAUCAAAAUUAAGUUUGAUGUUUGGAGAAAUAAUCAAACUAUUUACUUAAUUAAAUUAAGGAUUAGAAUAAAAAUUUCAAUUCUCUAAGGAUAAGUUGUUAAGGUUGAAUGCAAAGCAAUUGAAUUAAGCUUUAGAUUAAGUGGUCAAAUAUGAUGAAAUUAAAAAAGGCUUAUUUGAAGAAAUAAAGAAAUUUUGA